AUGUCGACUCGGUCCGCCUGGAGAGCGCUGCACUACAGUGCUAAGCGCCGUGCCUUCCAACCCCCUACUCCCUACCGCUGCUUCUCCUGCACCCGUCAGGUUCAAGACCCCAAGUCCGAACAGGAGCGCAUGACACACUUCGGCUUCACCAAUGUGCCUGAACAUGAGAAGGAGUCCCGAGUCGGCGCUGUCUUCAGUUCCGUCGCCUCAUCAUACGACACAAUGAACGACCUAAUGUCCCUGGGAAUCCACCGCAUCUGGAAAGACCACUUCGUCCGCUCGCUGAACCCCGGCACGCCCGUCGCCAACCGCGACGCCGACUCCAAGACCAAGGGCUGGAAUAUCCUCGAUAUCGCCGGCGGGACCGGCGACAUCGCCUUCCGCAUGCUCGACCACGCCACAAACAUCAACCACGACCUCGAAACCCGCGUCACAAUCAGCGACAUCAACGCCGACAUGCUGGCCGAGGGCCGCAAGCGCUCAAUCGAUACCCCGUACUACAACACCUCGCGAUUGGACUUCAUCGAGGCCAACGCCCAGAGCAUGCCGCACAUCCCGUCCGACUCGGUCGACCUGUACACGGUCGUUUUCGGCAUCCGCAACUUCACCGAUAAGCAGGCUGCACUGAAUGAGGCUUUCCGCGUGCUCAAGCCCGGUGGUGUCUUUGCUUGUAUGGAGUUUAGUAAGGUGGAUAACCCGCUCUUCGAUGCUGUGUACAAGCGUUGGAAUUUCAGUGCUAUCCCCCUCAUUGGACAGGUUAUUGCGGGUGACCGGGACAGCUAUCAGUAUCUUGUUGAGAGUAUCGAGCGUUUCCCUAGCCAGGAUGAGUUCCGUGGUAUGAUCCAGAAGGCUGGGUUUAUGAUCCCUGGUCAAGGGUAUGAGAACUUGACUGGUGGUAUUGCUGCUAUUCACAAGGGUAUCAAACCAAUUGUCAAGGCUUAA